CAAGUUGUCUGUCAAUGUCAAAUUCAAAAUUUUACUUCCGUGUUCAAAAUAGAAAAUUCUAAAUUUCUAAUUAUUUAGCUUUAGCCGUAAAUGUUAGUUAUUUCAUUUACAUUUAUUACAAAAAUUUGAAGAAUGAGACAAUGCAAAAGCUCAGUAAAGAAAAAAAUAUACAAAGAAAACUCAAACUUACACAGAAAAUUGCAUUAGAAAAAGGGAUUGACGAAGUUUUAAUAAAAAAGUUUAAUUAUAUCUGUUACAUUGGAGAAAAGAAAGAAAAAUAUUUAUAUACAGGAUUAACGCGAAAAGCAAUAAUUACACUAGGGGUGACUUUUACAUCAAUAUUGUUAUUUAGUUUAGCAGUGGACUAUUUGCUAAGUGCAAGAUGUCUGUUACCUAUUAAUCACUUGGUGUGGGAAGCAACGCGCCCUCUCUCCGACUGCGGAUAUUGUGCGAAUGUUACGAAACCGAUUAUACUGAUGAACAUUACGCGCCAAAAAUUUCGGAAAUACGCCUAUUCAUCAAAACCUAUAAUUGUAAAAAAUGCAAUAGUCCAUUGGAGAGCCAUCAAAGAGUUUAAUUUUUACAUGUUCAAAAAGUUGUAUGAACAAACUGCAGGUAGCUAUGAGAGUCUUGAAGAAGGUUGUCAGUUCCUGAAUUUCAAAACAGAUCUCUUUACAUUAAAAGAAGUGUUUAGUAUGCCAGCUGCGAGAGUGAGAAAUGAGCCUGGUCAAGAACCUUGGUAUGUUGGUUGGGGCAACUGUCAUCCAGAUAUUUUAACCAAGGUCAGAAAGUAUUACACAGUACCAGAGUUUCUUCCUGAAGAUGCAGAAUUCCCAGUGACUGAAAAUGUAUUCUUUGGAUAUGAAAUGGGAGCUGUUAUGCAUUUGGACUAUAUUCCAAGACUGAUGUGGCAGGGUCAGGUGAAAGGUAACAAGACUUGGUCGGUUGCUCCGGUGCCAGAAUGUGAACAUGUAUGCAAUAAAUUCAAAUAUUAUGUGGAGCCUGGAGACGUAGUUCUAUUGGAUACAAGAGUUUGGUAUCACGCUACAAGUAUACCAAAAGGGCAAUUUUCAUUAACUGUGCAGUCUGAAUAUGGGUGAUGUUGUUUAUAUUGUUUGAGAAAUCAGUAUUAUUUAGACAUAUCGAAUGCCAAAAAUUUUAUAACUUUAUUUAAGUAAAGGUGCCAUUUUAUUGUAGUCUGACUAUUUAUAAAUUAAUGUUAAGUAUAUACAAUUACUUCUUUUUGAUGUUCUAUUUGAGUGAAUUUUGUAUUUUUUUUUUAAUGAGUGAUGAAAUAAAACGAAAUCUAGUUUAUAA